AUGUCGUUCAAUUUCCUGAGGCCCUUCGUUCGACAAGCUGCAGGCUGCAAACGGCGCACCUUCUUCACAUCGUCAGCGCGGAAUGCCCCAACGAAUUUCGCUCGGGCAACGCGAAUUAGGCCCCUUCUCUGCGGAGCGGGCCUCUUCGCCACUGCGUUUGCGUUGCAGCCCAAGGUCCAUUUAGAUACUGAAAGCCAGGUGCCAGAGCCUCCGAAGACAGUGGAAACUACAAGUAGGUCUCUAAUUUAUGUUGCUGGAGACCCUUACACUUACCACCCGUUUCUAGCCGACCCCGCGACCGGGAUUCAGUUCCCUAACUCCCUUCAAGUGCCUUCUAAAAUCAAGCUACCAGAACUCACUCUCCUAGGAGUAGGAGUUAGAACAGUCUCAUUUCUUGGAAUCAAAGUAUACUCUGUUGGAUUUUACGCAGACUUAGAAAACCCAGAUCUCAAGAUCCCUAAGGACCUUGAUCCAGAGCAGAAAGCAGAGCACAUCGUCCGAAAUACGGCAUGCGUAGUACGAAUUGUUCCUACCAGAAACACUAACUACACACAUCUUCGGGACGCCUUCAUGAGGUCACUACAAGCCAGAAUGGUCACUGGACGUCAGAACGGAAGCAUAUCGGAGGAAGUAGAAGUGGCCGCGGGCUCCCCCCUGCGAAAGUUGAAGUCCCUCUUCCCAAAUUCAGCGUUAACCAAGAACACGCCGCUGGACGUCUUCCUUUCGGCACCUACCCCUGGUCGUCCCCGCGCACUCGUAUUCCGCGAUAUGGGUGCUAUAGAGAACGACUGGGUAGCCACGGAGCUGGUACUCCACUACUUUACAGGGGAAGGACCCAGCCCUCCGCUCAAGAAGGCAGUGCUGGAACGCCUGAGUUCCCUAGAAAAAUGA